AUGUCGACGAAUUUCCCUACCAUACUUGCGGGUGAUCUAAAUGCAAAAGAUCGCUCCUGGGGAGCCAGGAUGGGUAACAGAAAUGGUAGUCUGCUUAAAAACUAUAUCUAUGCAAAUAACUUACAGCUAGUCACCCCAAGUGAAUACACUUUCUACUGUCGAAGUGGCGGAGACAUACUAGAUAUUGCAUUACUUAAAAAUAUUAGUCAGACUCCCUACUUAGAAGUCAAGAAAGAACUGUCGUCAGACCACUAUCCAGUAGUGUUUGAUUUUCACGGCUUUUACCCUGACCCUCCAAGGAAACGCACUAAAGUGAAUUGGACCAGCUUUACAGAUAAACUACGGAACAUGCCUUGUAAUCCCCAUCUGAGAGACAGCGGGGAAAUUGAAAGUGAAAUUUAUUCGCUGACUUCCAAAAUUCAAAAUGCGAUUAAGAGUUCUUCGUAUGCUUGCAGAGAUACCUUGAGGAAUAAACUCCCUGAAGAUAUAUCUCGCGACAUAAAGGAAAGAAAUAGAAUUAGGAAAAGGUUUAAUGUUACGCAAGACCCUUCACUUAAAAGGACUAUAAACUACCUCAACAGGAAAAUUCAGGCCGGCAUCAUGGAAUUCAGGUCAAGUAAUUGGGAUAAUCUUUUAGAGCAUUUUAGCACUGAUACAAGCUCUAUGUGGAAAAUUGUGAAUGCGAUGAAAAAAGAUAGGACGUAUCACAUUGCUCCAAUUAGUCACAUGGGAUCCAACCACUAUUCUGAAGAAGACAUAGCCAAUGUGUUCGCAGAGAAACUUGAGGAGACGUUUAGGCCCAACCCUCAGCACGAAGAGGAGGUUCAAAAUGUUAACAUGCUCAAAAACAGGGAUAAUACGGAUUAUAUAAAAUUCAUCUCCCCGAAAGAAGUCCAUACUAUCAUUAAACAUAUCAAUACCAAGAAAGCUCACGGGUUUGACGGGAUCAGCAAUCGUGCUCUGAAGGCACCUCCCUCCAAGGUGUAUAGUGCUACUUACAAACAUCUUUAA